UGAAGCCGAUAUUUUCAAGAAGCAGCUGAACCAGAUCUUCAGAUCGAUAUAACUGUUAUUUAUGAGCUUCCAAUAGCGUUGCACGGGCCGUAUGGUCUCCCAACGUUUGUGACUUUUCAUCUGUAUCUAUGUGCAAACUGAGCCGGAACCAAAGACCCAGACUUCGCAAUUCAAACCCCCGCGCGGCGAGUGCCGGUCCGAACUCGCACGCGCUGCGCUCGGUCCCCGAGUCGCCGGUUUCGGGGCUCCUGCGCAUGAGCUGCCUGGGUCGCGAUCCAGUAUGAAACAGAAAAUUAAAAGCAAAUGACAGAAAAUUGAAGGAAAUGAGGUCCGCGUGAUUACAAGCCUCUUUAUCUCCAAGCUGUGUCUAUGGUCCUGUCUGAAAUUCACCAGGAGACGCGAGCACGCCUGGGAUUGUGAGGGAGAAACUUUACUUCAGAUACAGAGAAAAAUCACAUCAUCUCUAUCUGGGGGGGAAAUACACCUUCUUCGAUACCCGCAGCUACCUCUUCAGUUUGCCGGGGUUUAUUAUUUUAAGAACCAGAAGACCGGAAUUUCCUGUCAAGAGCUGACAGUUCUGAGCCGCUACUAAAACAGCUGACCAAACAAGUAUACAGUAUAGAAGUCAACCGAGCCCACAGGAAAGAAUAUGAUUUUUUAACUGAAGGUUUUGGAGAUUUAAAAUAAAGUUAGGGGAUACAAGGAUGACGGUAUUCCACUUACUGCAGAAAAAGAGAUUUUUACAAAUCAAACCGAAAAAGAACACACGUUCCAUUACGUUUAGUACGCUCAAUGUUUAGUAACAUACUAAAUAUCCCAAAUGAAUGUGAAAAACAAUAUCAAAAAAGGUAUUUUUCUAAAAUCUGAUAAUAAAAUCUACUUUGAAAGCUAUGGAGUUUUGUUAGAAUUCCUAGAAAUUUGCACACGACUACACGGACAUAAAAAAACUUUCCAAAAUAUUCUAACACACCUACUUGCAGGAAAUAAAUAAGCAGAUUUCAUAUAAGGCGAGUUUAUUAACCCCUGGGCAUUAUUCCCUCCUCCCGUGAUAAACACUGAACACAGUGGUAACAGGCUCUGCCGAAUCAAGUCUGAAGCUCUAUUCAAAUGAGCCUCCUGUGAAUCAGCCUCACCCGCGUCUCUGCUCUCAGUCUGUGAGCAGCGGCUCAGCGACUCGUCCUCCCAGCGCCGCACCGAGCACCUUCAACCCUGCAGACCGACGUGGAAGAAAUGUCUGUCCAGACUGCAGUCAGUAUGCUACUUGCUGCCCUUGUUCUGAUUCCAGGUGUCCUGAGUCAGAACUGGGGGGUGUGGUACAACCCUGGGAAUAUCUGUGCACUGCAGGGGUCGACGGUGGUCAUGGGGUGCAACUACAGUUACCCCAGUGGUAACUCUGUGACACAAACAUUCUGGAUGGACAAAGAUUACUCAAAUAAUCCCACAGACCUGUCCACUCUGCCUCAGUAUGUGAACCGUACAGAAUACCUGGGGAAUAAGGAGAAGAACUGCACCCUCAGACUGAGGAACCUGACAACAAGUGACAGCAAAACUUACUUGUUUAGGUUUAUAACAAACACAACUGUGGGUAAAUGGACAGGAAAACCAGGAGUGUCACUCUCAGUCACAGGUCUGCAGGCACAGGUGAACUCCAGCACAGUAACAGAGGGGCAGGCUGUGAACCUGACCUGUAAGACCAGCUGCACUCUGAGUGACCCCACUUUCACCUGGUACAGGAACGGUCUCCUCCUCCCUGCACAGACCCCCUCCAGCCCCCUGACCUUUAACCCUGUCAGCUACGAGCAUGAUGGGAGCUACUCCUGCACUGCAAGAGGCUACGACAACCUGCCCUCCCCUGCGGUCACGCUCAGUGUCAGAUAUGCCCCCAAGAACACCUCAGUGUCCAUCAGCCCCUCUGGUGAAAUAGCAGAAGGCGGUUCUGUCACCCUGACCUGCAGCAGCUCUGCAAACCCUCCAGUGAAGAACUACACCUGGUUUAAGCUCAGUGGAACUGGUCCAUUAUAUAAAGGAUCCAACUACACCAUUAUUAACAUCAGCUCUGCAGACAGUGGACAGUACUACUGUGAAGCUCGGAAUCAGAUUGGUGCUCUGAACUCUACUGCCGAGACUCUCACUGUAAAACGAUCUCAACAGAACGUGGUUGCUUGGUGGGUGACAGCAGCUGUGGUCGCCAUCGUCUUGGUUGUGGUCAUGGUCAUGGUCGUGGUCAUGGUCGUGGUUCUGCUGAGCCGGAAGAAGACUUUAAGGUCAAAGAGGGAGGAUGAAAGCAUAGAUAUGGACCAACAGGACAAAAUCAACACCGUGUACGCCAAUGUGACACCCGCCCAGGGCCAUGCCCCCCCAGCAGAGGAGGGGGACAAGGAGGACAAGGGGAACCCGGACGAUGAUGAGGUUCACUACGCCACCUUCAACUUCCCAGCCGGCGCCACCGCCAGCUCUUCUGAAAGCAGGACGCCGGCAGAAACAGAGGGCGAUUCUUCAGUGAUCUACAGCAGUGUGGGGAAGCCGGGCGAACGCAGGCCGUGAGCACUGGCGCCUUCUGCAGGCAGGGUCCCCCUUGAGCACCCGGACAGGGUAAAAAAGAUGAUCUGUGCUGGCGAACGGUGGUCACGCUGCCCUGUCCAACCACAGGCCGGCCGGCCUGGGCUUUUACCACCAUGAGGGACUUUGGAAGCGCGGGGCAAGCUCACCAGCCCCCCGUGCCAAAUACCCUAGCGUGGAAGCACUGUCAGAUCCCAAUGCCCCCACUGUAGCACCUCCAGAAACAAACAGAGUCAGCUGUUGAUUUUGUGGACACUGCAACAUUUUUGGCAAUACACCGGCUCCUGCAAAAACUGGACGCAAUCCAACAGAGAGAAGUGCAGUUCCCUGCAUCUACACCUGUUGCAAAAAACAGCUUCUCUUUCUCUACGGAUUCUCUCAAUGAAGUGGCUUGCAUGUGCAACGUGCAUAAAACAAGCAAGGAAACAUACAA